AUGCUGCACACCACAAAUCCGGCCGCCGCCGCUGAGGUCCAGCAGGGCAGCACUGACGAUAAGCAGUCAUUGUUGGAUGCCCAGCUCGAGCUCUGGCACCACACCUUCGGCUACGUCAAGUCCAUGGCCCUCAAAGCCGCACUGGACCUCCGCAUUGCCGACGCUAUCCACCACCACGGCGGCACCGCCAUGCUCGCCCAGAUAGCCACCAGGGCCACGCUCCGACCCUCCAAGCUCCCCUUCCUGCGCCUCCUCAUGCGCGUGCUCACCGUCACUGGCGUCUUCAGCAGCUGUGUCCGACGACCGGCGGUCGACGAUGGGGACGAAGACGAACGUGCUUACUACUACAGUAACACGCCAGCGUCCCGCCUCCUGGUCGGGGCACCUGGUGAUGAAAUUACCCCUUUCCUGGCCCUGAUACUCGACGGCACCUUCAUCGUGUCCCCGUUCCUCGGCCUUGGCGCUUGGCUCCAGCGCGACAAGCCGCCGGAGCAGCCGUCCCUCUUCGAGACGGUGCAGGGGAAGAACCCGUGGGAUCUGGCCAGCCGCGAGCCAGCCUUCGGCUCGCUCUUCAAUGAGGGCAUGGUCGCCGACAGCGGCUUCAUCAUGGACAUCGUCAUCAAGGAGUGCGGCGACGUCUUUCGAGGGGUGAGCUCGCUGGUCGACGUCGGGGGAGGGCUCGGCGGGGUGGCCCAGGCCAUCUCGAAGGCGUUCCCUAACGUCAAGUGCAGCGUGCUGGAUUUCUCUCACAUCGUGGCCGAUGCUCCUGCUGGCACCAACAGUGCCAUGUACUUAUGUUCACAUAAUUUCUCCAAUUUGUUUGUUUGGUUUCAGUGGGUUUUGCACGAUUGGGGCGAUGCCGAGUGCGUCAAAAUAUUGAAGACCUGUAGGAAGGCUAUACCACCAAGAGAGGAGGGAGGGAAGGUGAUAAUAUUGGAUAUGGUGGUUGGAGCAGGGUCAUCUGACCUACAGCAUAAGGAGACGCAGGUCUUGUUCGAUCUCUUCAUCAUGUUUGUCAAUGGCAUCGAGCGAAAUGAACAAGGCUGGAAGAAGAUUAUCUUCGACGCUGGAUUUAGUGAUUAUAAAAUCAUACCAGUCCUAGGUGUUAGGUCAAUUGUUGAGGUCUACCCUAAAACACGUUGCAACGUCUCCCUACUUCUAGUGCUGGGGAAGGGACAUGAGAGUUGGGAGCGCUCGAGAGUUAGCCUGUGGAACGAGAUGAAGAACGGUGGACAUAACAGCCUGGGCUGCUCGCUGCCGAACGGCUGA